AUGGGGUACUCGUCUCGCCGGUCGCCCUCGCCGCGGCGCAGCAGCUCGCGGCGGGACCGACGCCACGAAGCGUCCUCUCAGCAUGAACGGCUCAGGAGCGGCCGCCGGUCAGUAGAACGCGAUAGGGAGCGUGAGCGCGAGAGGGAGAGAGAGCGCGAGAGGGAGAGGGAGCGAGACCGGCUCAAGUCUGGGUCUUCGUCGUAUCGGCGUUCAGGGAGCAAGCGGCGCUCGCGCACGCGGUCGCCACCCCGCAGUCGGUCGCGCCAUGAAGACGGCCGCGGCUAUUCCUCCUCCUCGUUCUCGUCGAGCGGAUGGAAGAGUGAGAAGAAGAAGCAGUACCGCUUCGACUCGCCUCCGCGAACGACCGCCACAGAGCCCUCGGAGGACCAGAAGAAGCUGAUUCAACCCCCCCUCACCGCCGUGGCGCCGACCCUGGCUAACAGCGCACUCCUCGCGCCGAUCGUCCCUGCCGCCAGCGCGUUCUCCGGCCCCGCCAGCAGCCUCGCGCUGGACGCGGCGGCAACUAAAGCCGCGCGAGAGCUGUACGUCGGCAACCUUCCGCCUUCCCUCGAAGUCCCGCAACUCAUGGAGUUCCUCAACGCUGCGAUGGCUGCAGUCGGAGGCGCGCUGCUGCCAGGCCCCCCCGCAGUGAAGGCGUGGCGAAGCACAGACGGCCAUUACGCGUUCGUUGAGUUCAGAACGAUGGAAGAGGCGAGCAACGGCAUGCAGCUGAACGGCCUGAACUGCAUGGGCUUCAAUCUUCGCAUCGGACGACCAAAGACCUACCCGCAAGAAAUGAAUCACCUCAUUCCUCCGCCGACGAUUCCUCUCCUUCACCCGCAUGGGGGCAUGGGCGCAGCGGCGGGCCUGGGCGCGACUGGUGCGAUUGGCGGCUUGCCUGGAGCCCAAGCGGGGGCCGUAGGGGGCCUGGCAACCGCGGGCGGGGGACUCGCAGGCGCGGUGCCGGGCGGAGCCGACGUCGCCACUGUCGCCUCCAAUCCGCAGGCAGCUCUCGCAGCGGCGCAGCUCGCGGCGCACGGCAUGACCGCUGCGCAAAUCAAGGAGGAAAAAAAUCAGCAGCCAGAGCGCUUGUGCAUCCUCGAUCUCCCGCCUCUCAUGUCUGAAGAGAAGGUGCGGCAGCUCGUGGAGACUUUCGGUCCGGUGAACGCGUUCCAUCUGCUGAGGAAAGACGACGGGUCUGAAAUCGUGUGCAUCGUCGAGUACGUUGACUUGGAGAGCCAGCAGCAGGCGAUGGACAUCUUGCACUCGAAUUCUCCGUACCGCAUUCUUCUGGCUGAGGAGGCCAUCCAGCAGGAAGUGAUCGCGCCUUUCUUCAAGAAGGCAAAGGCGAAACAGAUCAAGUCCGAGGGUGAAGAGGAAGAAGAGGAGUUCGCAGACGGCGAAAAAAUGAGUGUCCAGGCUCUGCUGCGGCCUCAAGUUUGCACACGCGUUCUCCUUCUCUCCAACAUCGUCGACGUUGAGGACCUUUUGGACGAUAAGGAGUACGAGGAAAUCGUGGAAGACAUUCGCCUCGAGUGUGAAGAGUGCGGAGGCCCGGUUCUCUCAGUUAAGAUUCCGCGCCCGGUUCGUGGCUUUGAGCACGAGAGCGACCCUGUGUACCAGCAGCAGGAGAGAGAGCGCGAGACGCAGAUGAAGAAGGACGAGCGGGGCGAAUCCCACCAAACAGAGAAGGCUGAGGGUGAAGACGGCGCAGCCCCGAUGCUCGUGAAGAACGAAGUCUCUGAGGACGCGACCGCGGAGAAGACCGAGCGAGGCGAUGACGGCGCGAAAGAAGAGGACGCGGAAGACGGAGCUGUGAAGAAAGAAGCCGAGGGCAGCAAGGCAGAGGGAGGCGAACAGAAACCCGCGACGAUCGGUUUCGCUUACGUCGAAUUCGAGGACUGUGAAUGGUCAGCGAAAGCGAGGAAGGCGCUGAAUGGCCGCAAAUUCGGCGGCAAGAUCGUUGAGGCGCACUAUUUCAGCGAAGUGAAGUUUCGCAAAGAGAACUUUUACGACCCGAAGCCCAACUUUCUCCGUUCGCACUCGUCCCUGCAUAACAAGAGCCUCGCGUACGACGGCCCGCGGCGUCAGCCGAAGGCAGAGGAAGAGGAGGAAGGCGAUUCUGAGUCGGCCGCGGCCUCUGCCUUGCCGGGCCUCUCCUCCUGCACGGACUCUUCUUGCCGCUCUGCUGCGCCACAUUCGCACCAGUCGUCUCCGACUGGAUGUGGGGACGCUCCGCCCGCCGCUUUUGAAUCCGCGCCCACGAUUCUCACGCCUCCGCAGGCGGGCUCCGGAGGGUUUGCCCCCCAAGGAGGAGCCCCUACGCGGCGCCCGGCGCCCUGCCUUUCCUCCUUCCUGUAG